CAAGAUUGUACAACUUGUAGAACAACAAAUUCCAUCGUCUGUGAGCCGUUUAAUACGAUAGCAAACAAGUAAAAAGCUAGCGAAAUACAUAUGUAAACUUAGAAUCAGUCUCCCUUGAUAACUUUUCCGUGUGACUAUAGAUGAUCUUUGCAAACAAAACCCCCGGAGCUCCUGUCAAAAUGUCAAAUCCACACUUUUUUGGCACCUACUCAUAACUAACCUAACUUUUUGUAUAAAAUAUUUUCGUUAAGUUUAACUCUUUUUUUGUUAUAUUUUAACUAUGAACGGUGAAAAUGCAAUAGACAAAUCGGAUUUCUUUCUGAAAGAAAUUCCAAAUGUUAAAAUAGGUGCCCCCUCAGCAGCUGUACAACGAAAAAUUGUCAAAGAAGAACUACAGUUUUUGAAUCUAUCUGAUGUUUUACAGGAAAAAAUUAUGGAUACACUUAGAUACAUCUAUGGCCCUGAUUUUAAACUCGAUGACAUCUCAGCUUACCAGGAAUCUAAAUCUAAUUUAUUGAAAAAAUAUUGGGUAGGACGAGGAUCUUUAGUUGUUAAAGGUGGGGUAGAUUUUUCGCAGAGUAAAGAUGAGCCAACAGAAGAGGCAGAUAGAUUACGGCAAUUUGGACUAAUGAGGCUAGAAAGUUAUGGAUUUCACAAAAACCACUCUUCAGAAGCAUACAACUACUGCAAAGGAGAUAUCGAUGAUUCAGUAUAUCUCCUUUAUCACAAAUAUUUCAAUUGGGACAAACCUCGGAGAGAAAUAGAACAUGAAUUAUCUGACAAAGAACUUUUAGAACAAAGAUUGGACGAAAAAAGUUCAUUAGAAUCAAUAUAUGAAAAAACGUUCAGUUGCAAAACAGACAACGUGUGGAUUUUAACUUUAAAAUUAGACUUUUUGGUAAAUAUGUUUCACAAUAAGGAAAUCGUUCAGAAAAAGAUAGUCAAAAAGGAUACAAGGGAAAAAUGCAGGAACAUGCUGAAAGGGCAUUGCAAAUUCGGCGACAAAUGCAGAUUUUCACAUGAAAUUGACAAAGAAGUACCCGACAUUAAUUCCCAUUUAAAUAAUUUCUUAUUUGAAUUAGAAUUUAGAUUUCCUCCAACUACUCAAUACCCUUACGAACCCCCGCUGAUAUUUCUGAAGACUAACGCCGUACUUCCGCCUUUAGUAAACCUCCACAUAUGCAAAAGACUGUAUGAAGAAGCCAAAAUUUUAGCAGAAGACGGUGUACCGUGCGUUUACUCAAUAACUGAAUUACUACAAAAUGAAGAAGAAAUUAAACAACAUUUAAAAGAAGAAAUCAAUUUUAUUCAUCCUAAUCAAAAGUUAUUUGAUGAAAAGAAGUUUGUCGAUCGACCAACGAUGAGACCUUCUCAUUUUACAAAAGGGAACGUCGGUAGAACACAUAAAAAAUUAUUAAAUCUGGAACAACUUCGACGCGAUGAUAAACGGCUGGUGGAAAGUUUUUUAUCUAGGACUAGAGACGAAAAAUAUAAGAAAAUGUUAAAUGCUCGUAAGGACUUGCCAGCUUGGACUCUGAAGAAAGAUAUUUUGAAUACAAUUAGUCAGUCACCUGUUGUUGUCGUUAGCGGGGAGACGGGGUGUGGUAAGAGUACUCAGGUACCACAAUUCAUUUUAGACGAAUGGAUUAAGAACUACAACACUGACAAUAGACAUGUAGAGAUUGUUUGUACUCAACCUAGAAGGAUAUCGGCCAUUGGUGUAGCAGAAAGAGUAGCCGAUGAAAGAACUGAAAGAAUUGGCAAUACUGUGGGUUAUCAAAUUAGAUUAGAAAGUAAAAUGUCAUCAAAUACUAGGUUGUCGUUUUGUACUACGGGUAUUUUAUUGAGAAGGCUAGAAGGUGAACCAACGUUGCCAAAUGUCACUCAUAUUAUUGUGGACGAAGUCCAUGAACGUAGCGAAGAAAGCGAUUUUUUGCUGUUAAUCUUGAAAGAACUUCUGCAAAUUCGCACCGAUUUAAAAGUAAUUCUUAUGUCCGCUACGCUUAACGCUUCGCUUUUUUCGGAAUAUUUCGGAAGCAUACCGGUCGUCAAUAUACCAGGGAGAACCUUUCCCGUCGAACAGUAUUUUCUAGAGGACAUUAUGGAGACUACGGGGUACGUUCUCGAAGAUGGAUCUGAAUACUGUAGGAAAUUGAAGAACGAUGAUGAUUACAUUGAGGUUAUGAUGGCGGCAAAUGAGCUCAACUAUACGACCAACAGGCCUAGGGAUAACGUUAGAGAUGAAAAUUUACAUGCAACACAAAUAUUGGCCAGAUAUCAGAAUUACAGUUUAUCUACGUGUAAAAAUAUCUACCUCCAGGAUCCGGACAAAAUCAAUUACGAUUUUAUAGAGUACAUAAUGGAAUGGAUCGUUCACGGUGAUCAUAGGUAUCCAAGAACCGGAACCAUUCUCAUAUUUUUACCUGGAAUAUCCGAAAUUACGACCCUCUAUGACCAAUUGAAUUUUCAUAAGGAGUUCGGCAAAAGAAGCGGAAAAUAUAUUUUGCUUCCGUUGCAUUCGUCGUUAUCGAGUGAGGAACAAGCGGCUAUUUUUAGGAAACCAAAUGCGGGCCAAAGAAAAAUCGUCAUCUCGACGAACCUGGCGGAAACGUCAGUCACCAUAGACGAUUGCGUCUUCGUUAUCGAUAGCGGGAAGAUGAAAGAAAAACGAUUCGAUCCGAAUAGGAACAUGGAGAGCCUCGAAACUACAUGGGUAACGCGAGCAAACGCUCUACAAAGGAAGGGACGUGCCGGUAGAGUAAUGAGCGGUGUUUGCAUCCAUCUCUAUACCGGCCACAGAUUCAAAUACAACAUAUUAUCGGAACCUAUACCGGAAAUCAAUAGGAUACCGCUCGAGCAGCUGAUUUUGAACAUCAAAGUGUUACAAAAUUUCGAAAAUAGGGACGUGAUAGAAGUUUUGGAAGCCUUUAUUGAACCUCCAACGACUGAAAAUAUUUUGACGGCUGUAAAGAGAUUAGAAAACGUUGGCGCGUUGGACAAAGAUAGUAAUUUGACACCUCUUGGACACCAUUUAGCAACAUUGCCCGUAGAUGUAAGGAUAGGAAAAUUGAUCUUGUAUGGUGCGAUGUUCGGCUGCGUAGACGCCGCAUUGACAAUGGCGGCUUGUCUGAGUUCGAAAUCGCCGUUUAUUUGUCCGUUCGGCAAGCGGGAAGAGGCAAAUAAAAAGAAACAGGCGUUCGCUGCGGGUAUCAGCGAUCACAUAACUACUUUGGUCGCGUACAAGAAAUUCCUGCAGAUGUACAAAAAGUCAACGGUCGGAGCCAGAAAUUUCGCCAACGAGAAUUUCCUCUCGUUCCGAACGCUGACCACCAUCGCGGAUAUUAAAAAGCAAUUCUUGGAGCUGUUGGUCGAUAUCGGUUUCGUGCCUAUCAACCUGAGUGUGAAGAAAAGAUUAGGUUGGGAUGACGUGCUUGAAGUCACAGGACCCGAGUUUAACAAAAAUGGAGAAAAUGUACGAUUGUUAUCAGCUAUUUUGUGCGCCGCUUUAUAUCCUAAUGUAGUCAAGAUUUUGACUCCUUCCAAAUCGUUCAUAAUGAGUGCAGCUGGAGCUGUUCCCAAAGAAAACGAAGCCAAAGAUUUACGAUUUGCUACUGUGCAAGAAACGGUAUUCAUGCAUCCCAGUUCGGUCAACUACAAACUCAAAUAUUUUCCCAGUCCCUAUUUGGUGUACCAAGAAAAAAUCCAGACCAGCAAAAUCUUCUUCAGGGAUUGUACGAUGGUGCCGGUGCUUCCGUUAAUACUGUUCUCCUCGUACGAUCUGAACGUCAGCAUACAGGGCGGGAAUACCUUCAUCGUCUUAGAAGAUGGCUGGAUAGUUUUUCAAGUCGAGGAACACCGAAUAGCGGAAAUGAUCAAGUUGAUUAGGCAGGAAUUGUUCAAUUUGUUAGAAGAGAAAAUUCGCGAUCCGUUGUUGAAUUUGUUACACAACGAUAGAGGCGAGAAAAUUAUAUCGACGAUAUUGGGAUUGAUCAAUGCGUAAGACGUUCCACAGACGAGCACUGCCAUUUAAUAAGAGUUUUUCUUGUAAAUAAAAUUAUUUAUUUUUUUAAAAAAGUUUGUAUAAAACCAGUCGUUUCUUUUUGUUUAUAAAUUUUAUUAAAAAAGUCAUCUAAA